GGCGCUCGCCCUCCCGGCGGUGGGCCCGGGGCUGGGGCCGCCCGCUCCGACCGGCGCCGCCCGCCCGGGCGGGUCCGGGGCCGCCCCCUCCUUCUGCCCGCAGCGCAUUCGCCGCGGGGGCCCCUCUCUGUGACGUCAGCGCCGCCUAAAACAGCGCCCCGGCAGGCGGGCAGGGCACGGGCUGGGCAGCGGCCGCAGCGGCGACAGCGACAGCGGCGACAGCAGCAGCGCGCCCCGCCGCCGCCGACAUGGUGUCCCCCGUCACCGUGGUGAAGAGUGAAGGCCCCAAACUGGUCCCCUUCUUUAAAGCCACUUGUGUCUAUUUUGUCCUCUGGCUGCCAACUUCCAGCCCCUCCUGGUUCAGUGCCCUCAUUAAAUGUCUGCCCAUCUUUUGCCUGUGGGUUUUCCUUCUGGCUCAUGGGAUUAACUUCUUAGUGUCACACCGGAGUGCCAGCCGCAUCCUAGCGGGACUCAUAUUCUCGGCAGUGGGAGAUGCCUUUCUCAUCUGGCAGGAGCAAGGCUACUUCAUUCAUGGUCUGCUGAUGUUCGGCAUCACACACAUCCUGUACUCUUCAGCCUUUGGCAUGAAGCCUUUGGACCUCAAAGCCGGCUUGCUGAUGGGCAUCGUUUCCAGUUCCUGCUAUGCCUUCCUGUAUUCCUACCUCUCGGGUCCGUUCACCUACCUGGUGGCCGUCUACAUCGCCCUCAUCGGCUUCAUGGGCUGGCGGGCGGUGGCGGGCGUGCAGCUGUGCAACGACCUGUGGACGUGGACCAAGCUGUCGGCCUGCGUGGGCGCCAUGCUCUUCAUGGUGUCGGACCUGACCAUCGCGCUCAACGAGUUCUGCUUCCCCGUGCCCUACUCGCGCUUCAUCAUCAUGGCCACCUACUACGCGGCCCAAAUGCUGAUCGCGCUCUCGGCCGUGGAGACCAGAGACGAAGAGGACUUCAGGAAGAGGAGCUAGGUGGAGUGCCAAUAGUCUGUGAACACAUGGGUUAUAUCUCAGGUGCUGUAGCUGCAUUCACCCCUGAGAGAGAUCUCCAUUUCUCUAGGCACACUGGUGAUGUUGAUUUUGCUUCUUUGAAGCAUUACCUUUGGGAAUUACAUUUUUUUCGUUGGCUUUCUCUGAAUACAGCUUACUUCAGUGUGGAGUCCACAUCAGAAAGCUUAGACUGUCCCUGCAGUAGUUACUCAUUCAACUUUUCCUUCUUGGAAGUGCUGUACUACUGCAUUUUACUUGUUAGUCUUGAAAUUGAUGCUGAAUGUCUGGGAAGAGGAGGGCUGGUGGAAAGGAGGUUUGGCCGUGCACUGUGCUAAAAGGCUUGCUCUCGACUAUAGGCAGACAGGCACAAUCUCUGCUACAGUCAUAGGUAAAAAUUAAUUUAACUGAUGUUUGUCUCUUUUUGUGCAUUACAGUAUGCAAACUGGAGCUAUUCCUCUACUGAAAGGAAGCUUAGAGGGAGAAUAAAAAGAGCAUAUCCAGCUGUGAGCUGAGCUCUGGAGUCAAUGCAGUGUGUGUGGCCGUACCCAGCAGAGCCAGUACGAAAGCAGAACCCCAAGCUGAGGGCACAGAGCAAGAGGUGUGCUGGCAGUGCUGUGUGCUUUGAUUGCAGUGUUCACUGCUCCAGGGCAGGUCUCUAGGUGCAGGUCAGCAUUGCUACCUGUGGCAGAGCUGUGGAGAGCAGGAGUUGGGUGGGAUUUCAGGGACAUCUCAGUGUUCUCCCUCUCCACGUGCACAUAGUUACACAGUGCCUGCAGCCACCAGUGAAAUGUAAUGGGCACAUGAGGAACUUUGAUUUUUAAAACAGAACUUACUCAUUGUCUUAGUGUGUGUCCUAAUUAUCCUUAGUAUGGCAGACAGGCAUCUAAUCUUUAUGCCUUUUUCCUCCAAUGUCCUAACAAGUAGUAUUCCAUGUACCCAUUAAGUUUUAGUAGCACUUCCAGUAGUACUUCUAGUACUGCUGCCUGCAGUAUCUUAAAUCUUUGUGUGAGCAUUUCCUGUGAUCAAGGCCCUGAUUUUGGAUGUAGAUUGCCACGUUUUGCCAGCUGGUGGAAAACAAUCCUCUUUGCACCACUUCUUUUUUUGUCAGAAAGCCCCUUUUCAGCAGAGCUUCCUGAAAAGCACUGUCCUUUGCGUUCAACACGCCUGCCACUUCCUUCUCAAACUCAUAUGAACUCACAUAGAACCCUGCUAGCAUUUCCCUUGUGUUCAGAGGUGCUGAGUGGAUCUCCUGCUCCUCUCCAGCCUCACCUGGUGUGCCUGGCAGGGAAUAGGCAUUGCCUCCUCACGACUUCUCCAUCAGAGCAAUGCAGCCAGUAUUACAGAAAUCUGGGUUAGCAUCCUGACCCCGUGGGGGCAUCUGCUGCCUUUCAGACAGGGAUCAGAAAGGUCAGCUGCAUUAUGGAGAGGGAAAGCACUGUAGGUAGCAGAGGCCUGUGUAAUCCCUUCCCUUUAAUGCUGUUAUGUAAUUCUGUCAGUAUUCAUUCACUGGCACAUGGGGGCCUGCCUGGAGUAAACAGCCAAGGGAAUUUAGAGCCAUACACCAUUUUCAUUCAUCAGCAUUGCUUAUCUCCUGGCCACAGAUUGAACCCUGCAGUGUAGCUCUCUACAGAUGUCACCUGCUGUUGCUCAGGUUGGCUGUUUGCAAAUCUCCUCCUGCAACAAAGUGACCCAGCUGAGAGGAAGUCUAAGCAUUUGGGGUGAACCCCACCAUCCUCCCAGCAUGUGAGCUAACAGCACACUGCAGUCUUUGAAUCCCAGUUCCUUGGCAUGGGUCAGCACACUCAGUCCUUAGCUGGCAGUUCUUCAGAGGAGCUCCCUCACAUCCUGAACUUCCCUUUGCUUUGAGGGAAAUGCUCGUGUGAUCAAGUAAGCUUUAUUUAAAAGUCUUGAGUUUUGAUUCUCUUUUUUCCCUCUCUAGAAAUGAGUAGUCUUGAACUGCCUGAAAAUAGCUGAGUUGCUUUUCUGUGUGCUUUUUCUUCUUGGCAGGCUUUGCUGUCCUGCUGUACCAUCAGUCACUGAAUACCUGCAGAAAAGAGUCUUGAUGUGUUUUUAGGAGGCCUCUCCUCUCCACAGGCCAUGAGAGGUGCAGUUUCUGGUGUCAGGAUGGGAAAGCAGAAACUUGUGCAGCCCAAGUGAGCUGCUGUUCCCUUGCUGUUCUGGAACAGGUCACCUGGAGUGACCUGGCUGGGACACAUUGGCCAGUCACACUGGCUCCAUCCCGCUGCUGCAACAGUUUCAGCCUUCCCAGGAACAUGGGGCAGAGCCCUCAGCAUACAAAGGAGAGUCCUGGUUGGCUUGGAGGUUUGCUGGCAAGGGCUCUUAAUCUUCAAAAUCUCUCUCUGCCUCUGCAUUCCUCUUCCUAAUCCAUAUUACUUGAAUGAGACCAUUUUCCUGGAGACUCUUUCCUUCUGGGAAGAGACCAGCUGCUGUGGACUGUGAUCUGACACAAUUUUGAGAUGCCUAAAUCCUGAGAAGCACUAAGCAGUUGCUGGCAGUCUGUUAAAUAACUUUUCCUCUGAUUAAAACUGUUCCCUCAAUCCCAGCGAGGGCAAUCUUCACUUUGAAAUAGAGCAAAAAAAAAGGAGUGGUGUUCAUAUGUGAGAAAUGGUGUUACUGUACUGUCUGUGGGGCUGCCUUUGUGGACCCUCCUGUUGCCUCUUUGCACUGUAAAACUGAGGUUCAAUCCAUUCUUCUCCUUUUCAGGAGUACAGUCCUUGAGAAGCACCCAGUCUUUGGCCCAGGAAUGUUACAGAGGGAAUGAAGCCUUCCAAGUGGUGUAGUGUUCCUGGCCCCAGCAGCAGCAGCAGCUCCUUUUGUUGCUAAGCACAGAUGCUUUCUUUUCACACUGCUGUAUCCAAACAUUCUUCUGCAAACGCUGUCUAUGGUCACUUGAGCUUACACAGGUGGUUUGGUUACUUUCUGUAGUUCUCACCCUCUUGGAGGUCCUUUGGCUCUUUAAUUGGACAUAUAAAAGAUGCAGCACGUUUACUUCAGCCUCUUUCUGUAGGCAGAUCCUCCUUGCACAGAACUCCUAGGGUCAGUCAGAGAAGCAGUGCUAAUUGCAACUUGUUUUUAAGUGCUAGUAAUGCUUCUGGGCUGUGUCACAGGGUGAUGCUCAUGUAGAAAUGGCAGGUCAAGAAGAACAAAGCCAGAGGAUUUUAACUUCAAGCUUUACUCUUACUCUGUGCUGGAUACCUGGCUUCUUACUCCUCCAUAUUGAGGCAUCUGUAAGACUGAUUGGUUUAAGGAUUACACUAACAUGGCUUUUGAGUAGAUUGCUUGAAGGUUUCCUGUUGUCAUCAGUAGAGGCAAUUUAUAUAUUUUUACACGAGUUUAUAAAAUUCUCAGUAGGAACUUGGCAGUUUUUAGUGGCUCUUCAAAGUUUUCCAGACUUCUUGUUUGACACUAACACCUGCAUUUUCAUCUUGCUAUCGUGGUAUUUUUGGGAGCUGUUCUGGAAGAAGCAGAUCAAAGCAAGUAGCAACUGUAGAUCUCAGUGGCAGGUAUUUCUCUUUGCUUGGUUUCUGAAUAGACAGGGGUCUUUUAAGCAGAGGCAUCAUAACUGUGUUCUUGGAAGACGAUGGGAAGUUGCUGACACCUCAUGACAGAAAUCCUCCUGGGUAAUUCUCCUGCCUUUUAUCCCUGCUCACUCCUUUUGUGGCCUUGGGUGAGUCACUUAAAUUUUCUGGGGCCAGGAGCACAUGUGGUGUAUGAGGACCAGUGCAAUGCCAAGUUAUCCCAGCAGGAGACCAGGCUCUUAUCCCGUUCUAAAAUGGAAAUAUUACCCCUUACCUACCUCACAAGGAUAUCCUGAGGAUUGAUAAUGCUCAUACAGCACACUUUGAAGAUGUCAAGUGCUAUGUAAGUCAUAAGUAUUAUCCAGCUUUAUUGUUAAAAUUGCUUUUAGCGAUCUGCAGGACUUCUCUUAAAGCACAGAAUGUGUGACUGCCUUUUCAAUUUGCAUCAGAUAGAAAAAAAAAUGGAAAAUAUUUAUUCAUGCUUGUUAACAGGAUAGGCUCAGCUACACUUGAAAUCUGAGGGAGGUUUAGCUUAAAAAUCUGAACUCUCUAAUUUCAGUUUUGCAAAUGAUUUUUAGUUCUUCUAAAAGUCUUGACCAAAUUCUUAGCUGUGAACCUUGCAUCCAAUUUUUGCAGUCUGGUCUUGUCCCUCAUUGUUAGCUAGAGUAAAUAUAAUCCAGCCAAAACAGAGUGCCUCACAGUCUGCUGUGGCUUUUGAAAAAGCUGGAACAGAAAAUGAAGUAAUUCUGUUCAACCUUCAGUCUGCAGAAGGUCAGCUAGGUUUCAUGAGACAACUUUCAAAGGGAUGUUUAAUUUCUCUGAUUGUAAGUUUCACAGGCUUUAAAAUCAGCAGAGAGAGUAAGCCUUGAUGGAAUCAAUAAGGUUGGCACAUCCUUCUUGGAUUCCUUUUUUUUCAUCCAAAUGAAGGAAGCAGUGGGUUUUGUAGCAAAGGAGGUGCUUGUACCACCAGUUCCAUGGCCCAGAACAAAAGCUGAUCUAGAAAUACAGCUCUCAACCAUCACUGUGUUCUCAACUAGGAUAAAAAUGCCAUUGUUCACUGAUCUAAAUCUGGACCACAGCUAGAAACUACCUAGUUUUUGUAGCACUAGCUGCUGUACAAACACAAAUGAAGGCAAGGAAUUACACACCAAGGAAUGUGAGCUGUGUACUUGUGAAAUGGACCAUUAUUUGGAAGCAGCUGCAGUAAAAUCUUAAUAUGAACUCAGAAGCAAACACAAUGCAAAUUUUUAUGGUUUCUUUAAAAUAUUUGAUGGGUUUUCAUUUUCGUAGUUUCGAGAAAAUUUUCUUAAUGUUAUUUUAUUUUUGCUCUUACUGUAAAGAAUAAAAAUACACAACUCUAGACAGACUACAAAGGAAAAAAAAAGUGGCCAGUUGGCAGGAAUGCCAAAACUUCUGUGGUCUGUAUUGUUUCUGUGGUGACAUUAUGCUGCUGUUGGGUGAGCUACUGGAGUGGUGUGAUGGCUCAAAAGUGAGGCUGAAGCACAAGAUGCAGGUGUUGAGCCACCAAGACUUCAGUGGGAGCAUAACUGGGCCAAUUUGGAUCAGUCAAAAGACAGAGCAUAAGGAAAUUAAAGACACCUUUUCCUGACAGAAGAAAAGCAAGAAACCAAAACCAGCCCAUUGGGCGAUGGUGCUGAAUCACUACAAACAUUUUUAUCUAGACCCUGCUGGUGCAGGUUCCUGCUGGACCAAGCCUUGCACCUAAUUCAGCUGGGGAGGCUUGCUCCAAGCCUAUGGUGCUGGCAGGGUCAGGCCAGCAGAACCUGAAGCUUUAUUAAAUAAAACUCAAAAAUCAGAAAGCAACAACAAAAACAAGUACAACCCCCCCCCCGCCCCCCAAAAAAAAAAAAAAAAAAAAAAAAAAUAAACAAACCAAAAAAACCAAGGAAGGAGAAAGCAAAUGCCACUGGGUAAGUGGCAGUUCUGCCUGCCUGAGAAUGCAGAGUGGCUGGUCUGUCCUGAACACUAAUCUCUAUGUCUUGGACCCAUUUGAGUCUCUUGCUCCAGUCCCUCUCCCACACAUUCCAGGCAGAGUGCACUGAAAAUGUGACUGAAGCAGCUGCUCUCCUCUGGGGAGCCAAGCACUUUGCCAUGUCUGAAAGUCUCUAGCGCUUACUUUCUUUACUGUGAUUGUAAAGGUCACCACAUACAGUACAGCCACUUGAUCUGGGAUCUUUUCUUAACACAUUUUUAUGCUGAUUUUACUAUUCUUUGUUUGGAAUGUAAUUUUUUUUCUCAUUUCUUCUGUGUGUAACAGCAAUUAAAAAUAUUAAUUUACUCUGUA